UGGGAAAGUGGCCUUUGUUUUUCCCACGCUUUCCGUAGGGUGGCCUCGUUCCUCCCGGGGGCUGCCAGCCUGGGCAAUCGGGAAUCUGGACCUGUCUGGGCAAGGCCUCUGAGGAAGGGCUCAUCUCAUGAGGGAAGAGAUGGUCCUUAAACAAGCUACACAGUAAAGACUUGUAAAGGACUUAGGAGCCCUCAGAAAGGACUUGGCAGGUGAGCAAGAAGCUCUGGGUCAAGAUGGGAAAUCAAAGCUUGCCUGGGCCAGAAGCAGAAAACGGCCCUGAGGCCAUCCAGCCUGGGAGCAGAGGGGAAUUCUGGGAAAAACCUGUGGGAAAGAUCCUGGCUGAUGACAUUACCAGCUCAGAUGUCCGUUGCCUGCACUUCAGGCAGUUCUGCUACCAGGAGGCUGAGGGGCCCCGAGAGACAUGCAACCGACUCCACCAUCUUUGCCAGCUGUGGCUGAAACCAGAAAGGCACAGCAAGAAGGAGAUGCUGGACCUGGUGCUCCUGGAGCAGUUCCUGGCCAUCCUGCCCCCAGAGAUGGAGAGCUGGGUCAGGGAAUGUGGGCCAGAGACCAGUUCCCAGGCGGUGGCCCUGGCCGAAGGCUACCUCCUGAGCCAGGCAGAGGAUGCGAAGCAAGGAGGACAGUGCCAGGACCCAUCUAGAGGGGCUGAUGCUUUUCCUGGAGCAGAGAAGGCACCAUCCGAUCCAAGGCACAGGCCAUUCUCCUGGGGAACCAAAUGGGACAAUGAUGGAAGUGCCAACUUGCUGGGCAGUGGAAGGACACUGGUAGGUCGUUCUGGACCUUCGAGCCUUUGUGGUGGACUGGAAGCUGCCUCCGAGCCACCGGAUCAGGGUCAGGUGACACUAGAGGAGGUGUCCGUCUCACCCCGGAGGAGUGGGCUCUGCUGGAUCCGGGCCAAAGAGCUCUGCACUGGGAGGUCACGGUGGAAAACUGCAGGAAUGUGGCCCAUCUCGAUGCAGUGUGGGAGUCAGAAACUGAACAUCCAGUGACAGAAAGAGAAUGCCUAUAUUCAGAUGAGGAGGAGAACAUUGAAUAUUGUGAUGUAUUGAGGACGGAGGAGGAGGAGGAGGAAA